GACUUCGCCUCCCAUUUCCAUGGACUUGAGUUUGGCCCUUCAAAAUCUACAUAAAAUUUGUCCAACAACUAAAACACUACUUCCUUCAUUAGACAAGCUACCAGAAAUACCACAGAAGUUACAAUCAAAACUUCAUUCAGUCAUCAAAAACAAACAGUUUGAAACUUUUCUUCAGAACAGCAGCUGUAAACAAGAAAAAGCGAGAGUCAUAAGCUGUGGUGGACCUGUUGCUGAAGUAUGGUUAGAUGCGAUCCCUAGUUCGCAGCAUUACACGAUGUCUUCUGCCCAAUUUCGGACAGCAGUUCUCAUGCGACUAGGAGUCCCUCUUCCACAACUUAGCAAUAUUCCAAGAUGUACGUCAAGCUGUAAUCAUGAAGUCGAUGGAGAAGGAUAUCAUUUCCUAACAUGUAAACUCGGAGGUGGCCCAAUUUUCAGACAUGAUCACAUUCUAGACGAGUUUUACCAAAUGUUGUGUGCAGUAGACCUUCGAUGCAGAAAAGAACUUACAUCACAGUUUGCUGACAAAAAGAGACCAGACAUUGCUAUAUAUAACUACAGAGAUGACAAAAAGCUUCUCCUGGACAUUACUAUUACUCAUCCCUGUGCUGUGCGAAACCUUUCAGGAAGCAGCAACAAAGCGGCUUUUGCCGCUUCCGAACAAGAAAACAGAAAACGAGCUAAAUAUUCGAAACAAGCUGAAGAUCUAGGACACCUUUUCAGACCUAUUGCAAUAGAAGUGUUUGGUCGUUGGGGUCAGAAUGCAGAAUCCACUCUUUCUGAGGCAUCUCGCAUGGCGCAUAUGUGUUCACAAAUAAACUCUGCCCAAUUCAAGAAUCUUUGGCAUCGCCGCAUUUAA